AUGGAGGAUUUUGACAAGAGAUUGUCUAAGGUUGAGGUUUCAUUGUCUGAAUUUCGAUCCGACCAUGAAGCAUUGUCUGCCAAGUUCACAGAUGAAGUAACUGAAAUAAAAAAGAUGCUGAAAACGCUUUCUGAACAGAUGUGUAAAAUUGGGAGAGAACAACCUACAAAAGAGNUUGACAAGAGAUUGUCUAAGGUUGAGGUUUCAUUGUCUGAAUUUCGAUCCGACCAUGAAGCAUUGUCUGCCAAGUUCACAGAUGAAGUAACUGAAAUAUAA